GGUUUGACCAAAUGGAGACCAGAGCUGAAUCUCACCUGAAACAAGAGGAGGAAGAGAGUGGGCAAAAAGAGCAGGAUAAUUCUCCGCGUACCCACAAGUGUAGCGAGUGUGGCAUGGGGUUUCGUUACCCGAGUCAUCUGAGUCGACACAUGCGGACUCAAACAGGUGAGAAACCGUAUGGGUGUGAGAAAUGUGACAAGAGCUUCAGUCAUCUUAGCCACCUAAAGACUCACUUGCGGAUUCACACAGGUGAGAAACCGUACAGAUGUGAGAUGUGCAGCAGGCAAUUCAGUCAGCAGUAUAGUUUGAAUGUACACCUGCGGACUCACACUGUUGAAAAACCGUACAGAUGUGAGGAGUGUAACAGACAGUUCAGUGAUUUCAAGAAGCACAUUAGAACUCACACUGGUGAGAAACCAUACAGAUGUGAGGAGUGCAGUCGGUCGUUUAGUACACUGUCACAUUUAAAGAUACAUAUGCGGACUCACACGGGUGAGAAACCGUACAGAUGUGAGGAGUGCAACAGGCAGUUCACCACAAGCAGCAGUUUAAAGAGACACGUCGUGCGAAGUCACAAAGAGCAAAAACCGUACUUUCUUAAGAGUGCCCACUGAAAAAAACACUCCCGCGAAAGACUGUCUCUGUAAAGGUUACUGAGUGGCGAUGUUUUAAAUGUCCUUACUGUUUGAUCUCAUUGUGAUAUUCUUUUGCAAGUUAAACCAUUUUUUAGUAUUUUUUCUGUCAUUGUAUUCUCUAUAUGAUUCCACUGUAAUAGUUAACAAUAGCGGUGAUUUUAUAUCACGAUGAUCGAUGCAUGCUCCGUACCCUGUUGAUUAGAGCUAGAAGUCGUGUAUGAAAUGCAAAAGUGUAGUAUUUAGACAAUAGUUACACGGUAAGACACUGUUUAACCUCAAGUAUCAUUGUCCGUCUGUAACUUAGUCAACUACAUGUAGGCAUGUAAAUCUAGAUCUUUAGCGUUUUGUGAAGUAUGUUAUCAAUUCAUCGAAAUGUAGUUUUCUUUGUUUUAGUAUCUGUAAAUAUACUAGAUUUUUAGCGUUUAGUUAUGUUUGCAUCACAUUAAUGUUGUUUGUAAAAUGUGGAGUGAAAAAAAGUGAACUGUUGUUUCUCUCAGUUCCAGUGUUCUGUUAACCAGAGGUGGCUGUUAGAAAUUUGUCAAAUUUUUGCAUCUCAGUUUCAACAAUAAAGCGCGUUAUGUGCCGUAUUUAUUGGUCACCAUCGCCGUCAUUUUUCCAUGUUCUCUGUCCCCUUGCUCUUCACCCUGUAGACCAGUGUGCAACUUUGCUAGAAUAGUAUACCAUAGAAUAGAAUAGCAUUUACCACGUCUACUAUUUAUGCGAAUCAUAUCCACUCUUUACCCUGUACACCAACGUUAGGUUAGUUUUAAAGUAGAUAUAGUGAGUUAAAUAAGCAUGUUAGCAUAAUCAUAGUCUUAAAUUCACCCCAUUCUGUACUCAUUGUUCCAUUUCUGUUCCCAAUUAGCCCUCGGGCACGAACUUGCAAUAAAGAACUCGUUAUA